CCUCGGUAGGAAAGAGAGAGAAGCUAGGAGAAUUACAUGUAAGCGACGGAACUUGAGAGUUGAGAGAGAGAGAGAGACGACGACAAUGGGAGACGAGAGGGUUAAAGAUGAAGCUCUGAGGAUACUGGGUCUCUUCCAAGUUCUUCCUCGAUUGGUCGUCUUUGAUCUCGAUUACACUCUAUGGCCUUUCUACUGUGAAUGCCGCUCCAAACGUGAGAUGCCAUCUCUAUAUCCACAUGCUAAAGGUAUAAUGUAUGCACUUAAGGACAAGGGAGUUGACAUAGUGAUUGCUUCUAGAUCACCAACACCUGAUAUAGCGAAGACAUUUCUUGACAAAUUGGGGUUACAGUCCAUGUUUGUGGCCCAGGAGAUCUUCUCUAGCUGGACCCAUAAGACAGAGCAUUUCCAAAGAAUCCAUAGGAGGACAGGGGUGCCAUUUGAUUCAAUGCUGUUUUUCGAUGAUGAGGAUAGGAACAUUGAUACAGUUUCAAAAAUGGGAGUGACCAGCAUUUUGGUGGGUAAUGGGGUAGACCUGGGAGCUUUGAGGCAGGGGCUUACAAUGUUCACACAAAAUUCAUCGUCAUCUGGCAGAAACAGCCGAAAGUGAUUCUGAUUGAGUAUUUGAACCAUAAUACAAGGUUGUGGAACUGUGCCCCCUGUGGGGUCUGGGAUUUACUGUUAUAAUUUGCCAAUCCAUAGAUCAUCUAACUAGGAGUUCUUUUGGGAGAAUUUGGGUGUGGAUUA